UCCUUUUCAGUUUGUAAAAUCGCCUCGAACGGUUCGGAACGAAAGAGCGCGAGAAGAGAACGGACGGCCAACUCCCCGGAAAGAAAGAAAAAUAGAGGAAGGAGGCGCACACCCCCAAAAAGAAAACGAGUGUAGUUUAGUAGUGAAUUAGUCCACAGUUUAGUUCUCCCCCAUCUAUAGUGUUCCACAAUUUUCAACGAGCCCCAAAACAUUGGUUUUCCUGCGAGUCCCGAGUCCCCGAAAAAUCGCAGUUAAUUGGAACUAUGUUUACGGGCAGAGCGCAACGAGGCCGCAGGAUGAGAGAAUAGCGCCAUGUUGUCCAAUCCAGCCCCAACCUACCAUGAAUCUGAUCAAUAUGGACUCAGAGAACCGGGUGGUGCUCAAUGUGGGUGGCAUUCGGCACGAAACCUACAAGGCCACGCUGAAAAAGAUUCCGGCAACGCGAUUAUCGCGACUGACAGAGGCCCUGGCCAACUAUGAUCCGAUAUUGAAUGAGUACUUCUUUGAUCGGCAUCCGGGAGUCUUCGCACAAGUGCUCAACUAUUACAGAACCGGUAAGCUGCAUUAUCCCACAGAUGUGUGUGGACCGCUGUUCGAGGAGGAAUUGGAGUUUUGGGGCCUAGACUCGAACCAAGUGGAGCCCUGCUGUUGGAUGACCUAUACACAGCAUCGCGACACCCAGGAAACCCUGGCCGUAUUGGAUCGUCUCGAUCUGGAUACGGAAAAACCGUCCGAAGAGGAAUUGGCACGCAAAUUCGGCUUCGAGGAGGACUACUACAAAGGCACCAUAUCCUGGUGGCAGGAGAUGAAGCCGCGCAUUUGGUCCUUGUUCGAUGAACCCUACAGUUCCAAUGCCGCAAAGACCAUUGGCGUGGUUUCGGUGUUCUUCAUCUGCAUUUCGAUCCUGUCGUUCUGCCUGAAGACCCAUCCCGAUAUGCGGGUGCCCAUCGUACGGAAUAUUACGGUGAAAACUGCGAACGGAAGUAACGGCUGGUUUUUGGACAAGACCCAGACCAAUGCGCACAUAGCCUUCUUCUAUAUCGAAUGCGUAUGCAAUGCCUGGUUUACCUUUGAAAUAUUGGUGCGCUUUAUCUCAUCGCCCAACAAGUGUGAAUUCAUCAAGUCAUCUGUUAACAUCAUAGAUUACAUAGCGACGCUUAGUUUUUAUAUCGAUCUAGUGCUUCAGCGGUUCGCAUCGCAUUUGGAGAACGCUGACAUCCUCGAGUUCUUCUCGAUCAUCCGCAUCAUGCGUCUGUUCAAGCUGACGCGCCACUCGUCCGGCCUGAAGAUCCUCAUCCAGACGUUCCGGGCCUCGGCCAAGGAGCUGACCCUGCUGGUGUUCUUCCUCGUCCUGGGCAUCGUGAUCUUCGCCAGCCUCGUCUACUACGCGGAGCGCAUCCAGCCGAAUCCGCACAACGACUUCAACAGCAUCCCGCUGGGUCUCUGGUGGGCCCUGGUCACCAUGACCACGGUGGGCUACGGCGACAUGGCCCCCAAGACCUACAUCGGCAUGUUCGUGGGCGCCCUGUGCGCCUUGGCCGGCGUACUAACCAUCGCACUGCCAGUGCCCGUCAUCGUCAGCAACUUCGCCAUGUACUACUCGCACACGCAAGCCAGGGCUAAACUGCCAAAGAAGCGGAGACGAGUGCUUCCCGUCGAGCAGCCGCGACAGCCCAGACUGCCAGGUGCCCCUGGCGGUGUCAGUGGCUGCGGCACCCCGGGCUCGGGUCCCCAUUCCGGUCCCAUGGGAUCCGGAGGAACUGGACCACGUCGCAUGAACAAUAAAACGAAGGACCUGGUCAGCCCCAAGUCAGUUGCUCAACUUUUCGCAGGUCCGCUGGGCGCAAGUAUUGUGGCCAUGAGUCCCAGGACCAUGUUGGAUCUGAAUCCUGCCCUGGCGAUGGGCAAGCCGUCGUUCCAGCCCCGUAUACCCACCCCCCUGGCGGCCACGCCCCCUCCGCCACCGCCGCCCAGUUCCGGUCCUAUUUCCGGUUCCGGUGGGGUGACGAUUGAAGGAACUGGAACCACCAAGGCACCACUGCAACCAGCACCACCCACCAUCGCAGUGUCCACCACGGCGAGUGUGGGCAAGGAUUCGGGCAUCUCGACCACCACAACUACGGCACAGGAGACCAGCAAGAAGGCCUUCCUCUAAGAAGAAAGCCACCUGAUAUCUAUCUAUGUUUCCCAUAACCAUAUCCUCCCCCCAUAAAACAGAGCUUGAAAAUUAUCGAUAUUUUCGAUAUUUUGACAAUUUCGAUUCGAUUACAUCGAUGUUUCCAAGGGAAAACUCAACUUAAAUAUCGAGAAAUAGCAAUCUGUCGAUAUUUUUUCAAGCUCUACCAUAUAAGCAAUAUCUAUUCGAUAUCAUACAUAGCCUUCGCAUACGUAUUCGCUAAGAACAAUGAAGGAGUGUUUCAGAGAUGGCAAACGGAUCAUAGAUCAUAUCACUCGAAAUCGAAAUGAAUAUCAUAUAUUCAUAUAUUAGAAAAAGGUCAGAUAUCAAUUGUGAUGCUAUGAAUUAUAUAAAGUAUUCUUUGAUUUUCAGAGGUCUACGCUUAUUUGACUGUUAUUAUAAAUUAGUUUAUUAAAAAUCAAAGCAAUACCAUUAAUUACAAAUUUAUAAACCCUAUAAAAUUAUUUACAUUUCAAUUACGAUCCAGCCAUCUCUGAUCGAUCGCAAAAUACCUAGACUCGCAAUUUGUGUUGACCAUAUCACGACAUACCUAUCAAUAUCGAACCUAAAAACAUAACCUUAGCUAAAGUAUAGAUAAUCCAAUUGCUUGACUUGACAACAUUUUACCAUCGAGAGCUAACCAAGACAAGGCGAACACCACAAGUUUUUAACCAUACGAAAGUGUUUUUACCGAAUGCAAGCUUGCUAACGAUCCAUUUUCUACCGUAAGCCUUAGAUAUUAAAUCGACGAAGGAGUGUAUAUAAAAUCUAGAUGCUUUAUAACUCGGUUUGCCAGUUCCUUAUGCGUUGUGUAAAGACUCGACUGCCCCAGUUCUCGUGGGGCGGUUCGGUUUGAAAGCUUUAAUUUGAUAUAUUUAUAAAACGGGGGACUCCAACUCAAACGCGCUUUGGGAAGCUUAAUUAAACAGAAACCAAUCAAAAAGUACAUAUACUGUUUAAAAAUUCAUUCAAGCCAGGCACGUGUUGACUUCAACUUUUUUUUCGACGAACUAAAAAUAGGAAAGGUGCUGAUUUUCUUCAAGGAAAACGCACAAAAGUUUUACGGCGCAAAAGUUGAAGUCGAAGAAAAACAAACGAAAUUUUCCAACUGUUGGCACUUUUCGCUCAUCACUCACUUACAUGCCGGGAUUACUCGGAAUCGCUUCUUAUGUUUUUCCAACCAACCUGUAAAGUUGGCUCACAUAUCAACAAGCUGGGGAAACCUUAAGGAAAAUUUCAAAUUUCUACCAGUUAAAAUGCAAAUUAUUUCUAUUAAAUUUUGUUUGGUACUCCAACGCCAACCCCUCCCUGAAUAAAUGAAAAACAAACAAAGAAUCCAGAAGCGGCGGGAAUUCCUUACAGUUCCGUUCAGUUAACUUGAAUUUGUUGAAAAAGUUUACAAAUUGCUAUGGGGUUAAGUGGGUGGAUUUAGCCCCAAAAACUCACUGGCGUGGUUUAAAAAAACAAACAAACACAAAACAGGUUUGCAAAUUGUUUUCCCCGAUUUUCCUUUGAUUUUACUUGCGCAAGUCAUUAGCUAAUUCUCUUGUACAUUUUGAAUAUACAUAUAUAUCUCUCAGCAAGCAUUUUGCCUACAUACUUGUAAGAACAAACAUGAUAAUUACUGAAAACAAACAGCGGAACAAAAAAGAAGCGAAUAAUAAGGAUGCAAAACUUAAGCAACAUUAAGAUCGAAGAUGGGCAACAAAUAAACGAAGUUUGCAAAACAUUUGUUAAGUUUUUACAAUGAACAAAGCAUUAAUAAGAACUAAAUUAAUAUUAAAAAUAUUUGCAAGCUAUAGGAAAUUGAUAAAAACAAUUGUUUAUAUCGUUUUCGUUUUCUCUCUAUGAUUUCGAAACUGUUUUUUAAUUGUAUAGUUAAGCAAAUUGUAUACUAUUUGAACUAAACAAAACAAAUUGUUCUCUCAAUAAUUCAUGAACAAAGAAAAUUAAACUAAUUAUAUAUACACAUUUAUAUAUAUAAUUGAACAAGUAUAUAUAUGAAUUUAAAAAAAUAAAGAAAUGCAAUAAAGAAAUCUAUUGAACACCAAA